UUUUUUUAUCCAUGUUUUUAUUAAACAAAUUUUAUAUAUACAGUAUUAUUUUAAAUUUGAGCAUGACAAGAACGUUAAAAAAUAUCUAUUUUGUUAAUGAAAGAUAUCUUGCACAUAUUUUGAUCAUCGUGACAUUGCAUGAUGUUUUAAGAAUGAAAAAUAUAUAAUAUUUAGUAAAUGAUUUAUUUAAAGUAAAUAAUAUUGUAAGUUAUCAAAAUGUACAGAACUAUGCGAAAAAUAAUUGGAAUGCGGUCAUGAAUGAAAAUAAUCCUUGUCUUCCUCUAUUAUUUAUGGACUGAUAUAUUUUAAAUAUCACAGUAAACAUCUAAAUACUUUUUAUAUACUAUUAUACAAAUAAUAAUUAUCUCUUAUUUGUAAUCUAGUGUAAAAAACAAAAUGAAAAGAAAAUACUAUAAGGUCAAAAUAUC